GGUGGGGCAGAUUAGCGGCGGCGCGUCGCUGCGCAGCACGUGUGAGAGCUCCGCGGCCGGCUAGUGCACCCGCGCGCUCCGGGCCCCAGGGGCUGAAGGCGCUGACGGCGUUGCCUAUGCCGGGGCGCCCUCGCAGCUGGCUCUUCCGAGUGGCCCUCGUCGCCGCCGCCCUCCUGCGCCCAGAGCAGCGCGCCCGCCCCCUCGCCGCCCGGCCCGGGCCGCGCCCGCGCUCCCAGGCCCCGGGUUCUCUUAAAUGUUUUCUUGGAGCCUUAAAAAUGGAGAUGACAGAAGUGACUGGUGUGUCGCUGAAACGUGGGUCUGUUGCUGUUGAAGACAAUGACAGGGUGGCCCCAGCUGAGGAGGCAAAAAGACAGAAGAUCUUGGACCAUUGUCUGACCAAAAGUCAGAGCGAGCUGGAGCAUGUCUCUCCACCCAGUGGGGUCAACGUGCCUGAGCCACCUGAGGCUGUGAGUGCCAGAGAGGGUACAAAGAAUUCUGAUGUGCAGUUGGAAGAAGAGGAAGAGGAGGAGGAAGAUGGCCUCUCUGAGGAGGGUGAGGAGGAGGAGGAAGCUGAGAGUUUUGCAGACAUGAUGAAGCACGGCCUCACUGAACUUGACGUUGGCAUCACCAAGUUUGUAAGUUCUCAUCAGGGAUUCUCAGGCAUCUUGAAAGAAAGAUACUCCGACUUUGUUGUUCAUGAAAUAGGAAAAGACGGACGCAUCAGCCAUUUGGAUGACUUGUCUGUCCCCGUGGAUGAGGAGGAUCCAACGGAAGACGUAUUUACGGUUUUGACAGCUGAAGAAAAGCAGCGUUUAGAAGAGCUCCAGCUUUUUAAAAAUAAGGAAACUAGUGUUGCCAUUGAGGUUAUUGAGGACACCAAAGAGAAAAGAACCAUCAUCCAUCAAGCGAUUAAAUCUCUGUUUCCAGGAUUAGAGACAAAAACAGAGGAUAGAGAGGGGAAGAAAUAUAUUGUAGCCUACCAUGCAGCUGGAAAAAAGGCUCUGGCAAAUCCAAGAAAACAUUCUUGGCCAAAAUCUAGGGGAAGUUACUGCCACUUUGUACUCUACAAGGAAAACAAAGACACCAUGGAUGCUAUUAACGUACUGUCUAAAUAUUUACGAGUCAAACCAAACAUAUUCUCCUACAUGGGAACCAAAGAUAAACGGGCCAUAACCGUUCAAGAGAUUGCUGUUCUCAAAAUAACUGCUCAAAGACUUGCCCACUUGAACAAGUGCUUGAUGAACUUUAAGCUAGGGAAUUUCAGCUAUCAGAAAAACCCUCUGAAAUUGGGAGAGCUUCAAGGGAACCACUUCACUGUUGUCCUCAGAAAUAUAACAGGAACUGAUGAACAAGUUCAGCAAGCCAUGAACUCUCUCAAGGAGAUUGGAUUUAUUAACUACUAUGGAAUGCAAAGAUUUGGAACUACUGCUGUCCCCACAUAUCAAGUUGGAAGAGCUAUAUUACAGAAUUCCUGGACUGAAGUCAUGGAUUUAAUAUUGAAACCCCGUUCUGGAGCUGAAAAGGGCUACUUGGUUAAGUGCAGGGAAGAGUGGGCGAAGACCAAAGACCCAGCUGCUGCCCUCAGAAAACUACCUGUCAAAAGGUGUGUGGAAGGGCAGCUGCUGCGAGGACUUUCAAAAUAUGGAAUGAAGAAUAUAGUCUCUGCAUUUGGCAUAAUACCAAGAAAUAAUCGCUUAAUGUAUAUUCAUAGCUACCAAAGCUAUGUGUGGAAUAACAUGGUAAGCAAGAGGAUAGAGGAGUACGGACUGAGACCCGUUCCGGGGGACCUCGUUCUCAAAGGAGCUACAGCCACCUAUGUUGAUGAAGAAGAUGUUAAUAAUUACUCCAUCCAUGAUGUGGUAAUGCCUUUGCCUGGUUUCGAUGUUAUCUACCCAAAGCAUAAAAUUAGCGAAGCCUACAGGGAAAUGCUCACAGCAGACAAUCUGGAUAUUGACAACAUGAGACACAAAAUUCGAGAUUAUUCCUUAUCAGGAGCCUACCGAAAGAUCAUUAUUCGUCCUCAGAAUGUCAGUUGGGAAGUCGUUGCAUAUGAUGAUCCCAAAAUUCCACUCUUCAAUACAGAUGUGGACAACCUAGAAGGGAAACCACCACCGGUGUUUGCUUCUGUGUGCUUUCUGGAGAGAAGAAUGGAGAAGACCUUCUGUACCAGGAGCAUCACGCCAUAGCAGGGUGGGUGACAUUUGUCCCGUAUCUGGUACUGGACAGUUCAGGACUGUUUUUCAGCCCUUGUGUUUUAAUGGCAUCCAUCACACUACAGAGGUGGAAAAAUAUUAGAAAUGCCAUGGUAAAUAGCCCUUUUAGCUGGCUGGUUUCUAAAGAAUCUCUUACCUACAAAAGCCAAAUAUAUUAAAUGUGUAUUGGACUGUUUGUAGUUUCCAGUGCUCCCGAGUUAUUUUCCUUCAUCAGACUGAUUAGUGAACAUGCUUAUUAAGGGGACCUGACUCUGCCUAAUGCAAGUACAAUCAGUAGUUCUGCAUUUAUAAAUUUACAUUACCAGAAAAAAAUAAAGUCCAAACUCAGAAAUGUUCUCUUCAUCUGAGAAUACUUAGAGCCGUAUAGGUUGAGUUCAUUUUCCCCUGGCAUUAGCCAACUAACAGUUUGUGCAUGUUUCCUCUUAAAUACCAGCUGGAAGAUAGUGAAUCAGGCAGAGUCUUAGAGCCAUUUUUUUUUUUUUUUAAUGUUUUAGUUUUGGGAGCAUGCAAGCAGGGAAGAAGGUACAGAGGAUCUGAAGUGGGCUCUGUGCUGACAGCAGCGAGCCUGAUGUGGGGCUCAAACUCACAAACUGUGAGAACAUGACCUGAGCCGGUCAGACACUCAACCAACUGAGCCACCCAGGUGCCCCUCUUAGAGCUGUUUUGAGACUCUAGGACACUAUCUAACUCCAGGAAUCAAUCAUUGCCUUAGCAGAGAUGUCAGGACAUUUUAUUGUUAACAAAGGGGGGGAUAUUUCUCUGAGGCAAGUUUACAAGCCUGAAAACAGCCUCAUCCCUAACUACACCUUUGUUUGUAAGUUUUUGGCUAAAAGAAAUAACAAAAGACCAUUAUUUUUUUUAUUAUGAUAUAAACUCAGCACUAUUUACUAAUGGAAAAGUAAGCUAAAUAGUCAUACUAUCAACUGAUUUUAUUCAUGGUUUUAUGUUGUAGAGGAUAACUAGACAGUCAUUACACAAAUUGAAAAAACUAUUUCCUGGUUGAGUCCAACCAAAAAAUGAGCAGCACCUACAGUAGCACAUUGGUACUUCAACCUUUGUCAGUUGUGGGGCUCCUGGGUGGCUGAGUCAGUUGAGCCUCUGACUUCGGCUCAGGUCACGAUCUCACAGUCUGAGUUCAAGCCCCGUGUCGGGCUCUGUGCUGACAGCUGAGAUCCUGGAGCCUGCUUCGGAUUCUGUGUCUUCCUCUCUCUCUGCCCCUCCCCCAUUCAUACUGUCUCUCUCUCUCUUUCUUUCUCUCUCUCUCUCUCAAAAAUAAAUAAACAUUAAAAGAAAAAAAAUUUUUAAACCUUUACCAGUUGUGCCAGCAAUACAUACUAGCACAAACUGGUCUUUGUCCUGGAAUGCUCUUUGUGGCCAAUUUUGCACUAAAAAAAUAAGGAUCUUUGUGGUACACAAUAGAAUAUUUAUACGUGUGUGUGUACGCGCACAUGUGUGUGCGCAGCCUCUACUGAUGUGUGUAUAUGUCAUAUUUUGAAAUAAAAACAGUGUAUCCGUGUCAUUACCACACAUGACGAGAGCUCAAUGGAAGAACUCAGAGCUAGGAAUGGCCGGGUUUUGCCCUUCAUUAACUGAAGAGUACAUAGCAGAGGAUAACUUCAUAGUUUUCUUUGUUUGGUGAAAUCUGCUCUCCUACUUAAUGGGGUCAUAUUCCUGUAGGCUAAAACUUCUCAGUUUGGGAACUUGCAAAAUCUGAGGAAAAAGUAUGGAUGUUGUUUCCAGGGGAAGGAAAGAAGACACGUGUAUACACAUACACACACCCCUACACAUAC